AUGCAGACAUUGGAUAACGAGCGCAACCUCAGUGGAGGGGACAGGUUCGAAAUGACAGUGAGGACAAGACUGGUCGAGGGUAUACCUGCCCAAUGUCACAUGGAGCUAGAAUUAUGUCAACAUUCUAUCCGAGAGUCUGUACCAGCCCUAACUCUUGACUGCUGGGCUGAUAUACAUAUUCUAGGUAAAGAUCUGAUUGCUUAUACGAUUAAAGGCGAUCAUGUUAUUCAAGCAAGUUUGAGGUCGCCUCUCGGCAAGCAGAUAUAUGACGAGUAUAUCGGUAAAAAGAACCUCGUAUGUAUUUACGGCAGCCGGGGUACUGAAAGCGAAGCUGGAAUCACACUUACCGACAUUAUGUUUUCUGAUGCUCCACUAUCGAGCUACGUGAUAUCCGAACUAUGGCGCUAG